AUGCAUUGGGGAUUAUGUUCCAAAACAAAUAAUAUAAAGACUGAAGAAGAAUUUUUUAAGUACGGUGAUAACUUAAAAUUAACUGAUAAAAAAUACUAUAAAUCAAGAGUUAAAAAAGACUUCUAUGAUAAUAUUGAGUUGAAAAAUUCUGAUGAUAUUCAAUUUUAUUUAGAGAAAGGACAUUUUUCAUACGUACCAAAACUCAAUGAAAAAGAUUUAGAAGAGCAAUGGGUCAAAGGAAGUGGUCCUGGAGGCUCAGCAGUAAACAAAAUGAGCAAUUGUGUAGUUUUGAAACACAAACCAUCAGGUCUUGUCGUAAAAUGUCACCAGACACGUGAUGUCCAUGAAAACAGUAAGAUAGCAAGAGAAAUCAUGAUCACAAAAUUGGAUAAUAAAUUAAAUGGCGAGCAGUCAAUCGAGAGCCAAAAAAGACGAUUGAUGGCCAAAGACUCAGCAAACAGAACACGAAAAAGAUCUAAAUUAUUGGAAUUAAAGGAGGCAUUCAAAAAACGUGAAGGCAUUGAUUAA